UCGAGUUUGAUUCCGACUCGAGAUUGCAUCCUUCGUCCGCAACGACGCGAUCGAUCGACUUACGGCGGAGUGUUUGUCCGACUUACGAUUAGGCGAUCCGGGCCAGUGCCCGAAAGUUGUCGCCGCGUGUCACGAAUCAACCCGACAAAUUUGCACCGUCGUUUACCGCCAGUCACGAGCAAGUCGCGACGGGGAUCAUGACAGAACGUGAGAACGAGGAACUGGCACCUUCGGAACUGGGCACUCUCGACUUCUGGGAGAACGCGUACGCGCAGGAGCUCGACAACUUCCGCGAUCACGGCGACGUGGGCGAGAUAUGGUUCGGCGCGGGCAAUUCGCGCAAAGUCACACGGUGGAUUGCCACGAAGUUGGAUUUGAAUAAAGAGAACGAUAAGGUAAUCGACGUGGGAUGUGGUAACGCGAUGACUUUAGUGGAACUUGCAAACGAAGGAUUCGCGAACUUGACAGGGGUCGAUUAUUCACAGAAAGCGGUGGAUCUGGCCCGCAUGGUGCUGAAUGAUAACAACUUGUCAAAUGUGAAAUUAGAAGUCUGCGAUAUUCUCAACAGUACGCUGCCGCAUGACUUCAAAGUUGUUCACGAUAAAGGCACUUACGAUGCUAUUAGUUUAAACCCAGACAAUCCGACGACGAAGAGACAGAAAUACAUAGAAAACGUAUACCGCCUUCUUUCGCCAGGAGGAUAUCUGGUUUUGACUUCUUGCAACUGGACGAAGGAAGAAUUGCUGAGGCACUUUACAAAUCAUUUUGAACUCGAAAGUCAACUACCAACAGACACGUUCCAAUUUGGCGGACAGACGGGAAACACGGUAACACAAUUGGUGUUUAAGAAGAAAUGAUUGAUCAUGAUGUACUU